CCACUCACAAUUCCGGAAUUAUCUCUGAAUCACACUUUUACUCUCUCUCUCUCUCUCUAUUUCCUUCAAAUCCACUCAGUCGAGGAGAGAGACGAGUAAACAAACAGUCUCUUCUCUUCUUUCUGCUUGUCUCUCUCUCUCUCUGUAGAAUAUUAACUCACUCAUCCCAUCAGUCACUGGCAGAGAGAGAGAGCGAGCGCGGGCAUUUGCAUUUCUUUCUAAUUCAAUGCCUCUCUGCUUCUACGCGUGAUUCUCUUUACGUUUCUUUCUUUCUUUCCCCCCCCCCCCCCUCCUCUCUUCUUCUUCUUCUUCUCUUCUGUUCUGUUCUGUUUUGUUUUCUCUCUUCGUAGAUUAUUAAAAAAAAGGAAAUGGAGAUGGAUCUCAGCAAGGUUACUCUUGACAUUUUCACAAAGCUUGAACAGAAAUGGCUCUCCCACUGCGACUCCCCCAGGAAGACCCGCAUCCUUAGCAUCGACGGUGGCGGCACCUCUGCCCUUGUCGCCUCUGCUUCUAUUCUUCACCUCGAACACCAGAUCCGCCUUCAGACCCGCGACCCUCACGCUCACAUCUCCGAUUUCUUCGACAUUGUCGCCGGUACUGGCAUUGGUGGCAUUCUCGCCGCCCUCCUUGUCGCCGACGACGGCUCCGGCAGGCCCCUCUUCACUGCCAGGGACGCUGUCAACUUCCUCGCCGACAAGAACUCGGAGCUCUUCGAUGCCAGGCACACCGGCGUUUUCAGGAGGAGCAAGAGAUUCUCGGGGAAGAGCAUGGAGAAGGUUUUGGAGGCGGCCUUCAGGAGGGAGGACGGCAAGGUUCUGACGAUGAGGGACACGUGCAAGCCUCUCCUCGUCCCUUGCUACGACCUCAAAACCUCAGCUCCUUUCGUAUUCUCACGCGCCGGAGCGUCGGAGUCACGGAGCUUCGACUUCGAGCUGUGGAAAGUGUGCAGGGCAACGUCGGCGACGCCGAGCCUGUUCAAGCCGUUCAACGUGGUGUCGGUGGACGGGAAAACGACAUGCUCGGCAGUGGACGGGGGACUGGUGAUGAACAACCCGACAGGAGCAGCGGUGACGCACGUGCUGCACAACAAAGGGGAUUUCCCGUCGGUGAACGGCGUGGAAGACCUGCUGGUGCUGUCGUUAGGAAACGGGUCGGCCUCGAAUCCAGGGACAGGGAGAAGACUACGUGGCAGCGGAGAGUGUUCCACGUCGUGUGUGGUGGGCAUCGUGCUUGACGGCGUUUCCGAUACUGUGGAUCAGAUGCUCGGGAACGCCUUCUGUUGGAACCGUACGGAUUACGUUAGGAUCCAGGCCAACGGCGGAGGCGAGGAGCUGCUGAAAGAGAGAGGUGUCGAGACGGCGCCGUUUGGGGUGAAAAGGUUACUAACGGAGAGUAACGGAGAAAGAAUCGAGGGUUUCGUGCAACGUCUUGUUGCUUCCGGAAAGUCUAGUCUCCCGCCGAGUCCUUGCAAGGCCGUUAACCCUCUCGCUGACGGCCGUUAAAAAUUUGUUUUGUAUUUAUUUUAAAGAUGAACAAAACUUAGAUAACUCUCCUCCUCCCUCCCUCCGUGUGAUGUUUGUAACCAAACCCGAGGGUUAAGUGUUUUUUUUUUAAACCCAUGCACAUCCUUUUUCUUUCUUUUAAUCUUCGACUUCAUUAAAAAUUAA